UGCGAGCGAGGGCUGUUCUCAAUCAUUUCGGCUGUUAAAAAAAAUAAUAAAAUAAAAUACCAGCCUGUAUCAACUCAAGAGAUACUGGGAGAGCGGCGGCUUCAAAGGAGCUGAAGCCGGAUCUGUGUGGGAUUAGCUUCACUGCCGCCUGCAGCACGGCGUGAUUGCAAGACCCCCUUCUGGCAUUCCUCAUACGCCCGUCUAUCUGUCUGUUUUCUACAGUUAAACUUGCUUUAGACGCCAGCAUGAAAUGAAGCGAAGGAGAAUACCUGGAGCGAGAAACGCCGGGGAAUAAUGAGCAGAGAGGUGUUCAUUCAAAGACUGAGCUGGGUUGCGAAGAUAACAGCGGGAGAAGCUGCAGCAACUGCUGAACAGUAAAAAAAAAAAAAAAGCAUUUGAGAGAGAAAACAGAAAAUACAAGUUAUAACAACACAGCGAUGACAGACUUUUAAAUAACUUUUCGAUUGUAGGUUACACCGUGAUACACUCCCUUGCUAAUGAUAAGAGAUAGAGACAGUAACAGCGGGCAGUUGGCCACAAUGGUUUAUUGCAGACUCUUGUUUUUACUGGCUUGUGUCUGUCUGGGAGACAGUUUCCCUAACCCCGGACAGGGCGAUGGCUUUGCUCUAGUGAGCACUGAACAAGACGGUGCCACAGAUUGCGACCCGUGUGCCCUGGAUCUGUGCCCGGCAGCUGUGGACUGCAGGGCUGGGCUCGUAUUGGACCGCUGUGGCUGUUGCAAAGAGUGCGGUAAUAUCGAGGCUCAGCCGUGUGAUUUGGACAGCACCAAUAGCUUUUACGGCCUUUGCGGGGACAACCUCGAGUGCAGGAUGAACAUCUCAGUCCUGGAGCACGGGGAGGUGCCGGAGCCGCAGUGCGUGUGUGUCUCUCAGGAGGCGGUGUGCGGGUCAGACGGCAGGACCUACGAGAACGUCUGUAAAUUUACAGAAGCGGCACUCGGGCAGACGAGCGUUAUCAGCACCGGGCCAUGUUUAACAGUGCCCCGUAUAGCGCAUCCACCCCAGGACCAUGUGAACGUGACGGGCAAUGACAUCAUCUUCCUGUGUGAAGUCUUUGCGUUUCCCAUGGCAAUGAUAGAAUGGAGAAAGGAUGGUGACGACAGCAGUCUCCCUGGCGAUGAUCCUCAUAUCUCUGUGCAGUCCAGAGGAGGUCCCAUGAAGUACGAGGUGUCAAGCUGGCUGCAGAUCGAAAGAAUAAGAAAAGAAGACACAGGCACUUACCACUGUGUGGCGCAUAACAGACUGGGCUCGGUAACAGCCUCGGCUGUGCUGGCAGUCCUUGAGGAAGAUGUUGCUUCUUCUAUUUCACCUGGAAAUACAGCAGAAGCGGUCAUCUCUGAGCACACAGAAGAUUACUAUGAUUAUUAGUCUAUUAAUGAAGAGCGAGACUCAGCUACCAACCAUUCCUCCACCAUUCUAGUUGAAAGCCAUAGACUGAAGAAACAUAGGUUAGCUCAGCUUACAGAUAUAAGAGCCAGAGCUAUCUGGUGAUGAGAAAUAAUCCCAUAACAUUUAAGUAAUACUGCAAUAAGAAGCACUGAGAUUGUAAAAGUUAAGGGCACAGGAAAAAAGAUUAGAAAAUGAAUUCUCGAAGCUAUUUGUUAAAGCUGUGCUCUUUGUAUGCCACAGCUAUAGAAAUUAAACAAUACAUACAAGUCUGUUUAGUGUACUGCUGUGGGGAACGUGUCCUACGUACAACGCCAGUAGGGACACCAUUUUAAUGAUUACAACAGUGGUGCUUUUUAGAUCUCCCAUCGUUUAGAUUAUUAGUUGAGUACAUCCCAAUAUAUUUUGUGGGGGAAAUAAUGUUGGCGUGUGGGAUAUUUGGAACCCACAACCCUGUACUGAAAAUACAGCUGAUCUAAAUGCGCUUUUUACGCCUUUUUUGAUAUGUUGGAUUUGACAUCCAGUCAUCUCGUCGGCACCGAUAGACAUCUGGCAACCCGCUGUCUUUCAGUCAACAGCACAUGUUUUUAAUAUGCUCUGAAGUUUCCGGACGCUCGGAAUGCUGUCAAAAGUAGAAAGAAGCAAAAAAAUCUGCUUCCCAUUAUGGAAACGGCAAUUACUCAUGGCUUCAGCUGACAGAAAUAAAAGCGUCUCUUUAAUGUAAUUUGCGAUCUGGAAGCUUUGUAACGUGCGGACCAUUCUCGCCGCGUUUCAAUAUUUUUUUUUUUUUUUUUAUUUUCUUUUAUCAUUCAAGGUACGCACUGAUAAAAACAGACCACAUUCUUUUAAAAUUGCUUCGUGCAUGAGGUCAGAGAUUUAUUUACACA